GGUCACUUGGAGCUCACAAAGCGCCACCAUGCUGGGAAUAUUUACCAAGAAUGGGAAAGAGACCCCGGAACCACUGAAAGCAACAAUAACUGGAACAGUGCCAGAGUGGCUGCAGGGGACACUGGUGCGCAAUGGGCCCGCUCUGUUCAACUUUGGGGAGACCAGCUACGCCCACUGGUUUGAUGGCAUGGCCCUCAUCCACAACUUCACCUUCAAAAAUGGUGAGGUCUACUAUCGGAGCAAAUUUUUGAAGAGCGAGACUUUCAAAACAAACUCGGCUGCCAACAGGAUUGUCGUGUCAGAAUUUGGCACCAUGGCCUAUCCAGAUCCAUGCAAAAGCAUCUUCUCAAAGGUUUUCACCCACUUCAAGAAUAUCAUUCCUGACUUCACGGACAAUGGCCUCGUGAACAUUAUCAGAUACGGGGAGGACUUCUAUGCUGCAUCUGAAAUCAACUACAUCAACCGCAUUGACCCACACACUUUGGAAACACAGGGUCGAUCUGAUUACAGGAAUCAUAUCGCCCUGAAUUUGGCAACAGCACAUCCUCACUAUGAUGAUGAGGGGAACACGUACAACAUGGGCACUGCAGUCAUGUACGGCAUCCCCAAGUACGUGAUAUUCAAAGUCCCAGCAGAUGCAUCAGGUGUGGACCACAGCCAACCACCCUUAAAUAAACUGGAGAAGGUGUGCUCUAUCUCCUGUCGAUCAAAGCUGUACCCAGGUUACUUCCACAGCUUUGGAAUGACAGAGAAUUACAUCGUGUUUGUGGAGCAAGCCUUCAAGCUGGACAUUCUCAAGCUUGCCACAGCCUACUUCAGAGGAGUCAACUGGGGAGGCUGUAUUAAACUAGACAAGAAUGACAUAAAUGUAUUUCAUCUGAUCGACCGGAGGACUGGGGAGUCUGUGUCCACAAAGUACUAUGGAGAUCCGUUCGUUGUGUUCCACCACAUAAACGCCUACGAGGAAGAUAACCAUGUUGUCUUCGAUUUGAUCGCUUACGAAGACAGCAACCUCUAUGACAUGUUCUACAUCGAAAACUUGAAUAAAGAUACAGACCAGUUUAUUGAAAGCAACAAGAUUUUCUCACCACCAGUGUGCAAGAGAUUUGUCUUACCCAUCAAUGUUGACAAGAAGACAGAGGGCACUAAUCAGGUGACUUUGAAUGACACAACAGCCACAGCAGUGAGACAGAAGGAUGGCUCAGUCUUCUGCACUCCAGACCCAAUCUUCGUGGGUUUAGAGUUGCCACAGAUUAAUUACAAAUUCAACACCAAAAAGUACAGAUACUUCUAUGGCUCAAGGGUGGAGUGGUCUCCGUUUCCAAAUAAGAUUGCCAAAGUCGACAUCCUCAACCGAACUCAUAAGGAGUGGACUGAGGAGGAGUGCUACCCAUCUGAGCCUGUUUUUGUGGCCUCGCCCGAUGCUGUGGAGGAGGAUGACGGAGUUCUUCUAUCCUCAAUUGUGUCCAACAAUCCAGAAAAACCUCCAUUUAUGCUGAUCUUGAAUGCCAAGACCAUGGAGGAGGUGGCUCGCGCAGCAUUGGACACCUCUAUCCACAUGGACCUGCACGGCUACUUCAUUCCCAGCAAUGACAAGUAACUGAGCAGGAUUUGACCCUGAGGCCACAGACCACUUAUGCUAGCAACAUGUCAUAAGCAGCAGUCACAAGAAAGGAAUUAAUUAUUAACUAAGUCCUGUUAGUUAAUAUUUUGCCAGAUGGGUUAAUUGAGGACACAUUUGAACCAGGUAAAUUAUGUGUGAUAUCUUCAGGUCAAGUAAGUUCAUUGGAGGCAUUGAGAGUUUUAUUCCCAGGAUUUGUUGUGAUGUUAUUUCAUAUUUUCAUAUUGUUUUUCUUUCAUUGUGUUUUCUGAGGCUUUAUCAUGAUAGGUCUACAGCAGGGGUGUCAAACUCAAACUGACUGAAGGAAGUCGCGGGCUGAGCUCAAUAUUUAUUUUUAAUAAAUGGACUAAAACCGUGCAGGCACGCACUUAAAACUCAUAGUUACAUUUCACACACACUGGCAAAUAGUGUUGCAUAUGAGUGUGAUCUUUGUUUGGGCUGGGCCCACUCAUACUCUUGUGACCCACCAGAUUUCAUGUUCAAGUAUACUAUACAUUAACAAUGUAUGCCAACUGUAAUACACAUUUGAAAUUCUCGUGACCCGAAAAUAAAAUGACCUGAGUUUGACACCCCUGGCCUACAGCA